UAGGCGGCAGUACUUGUGCGCCGCUGGACGUCGCUCUGUAGACGCUCGGCUGCGUUCGGGGGGCGCGGGUUCUCAGAGCGGCGUGUGGUGUGAGACGCAGGGCCAUGUUACCCUAUGUGGCGUGCAGCGCGAGUCGGAGGCUGGCCCCGGCUUUGGGGAUCCUGGGGGCCCGGCAGAAGCACAGCCUCCCGGACUUGACCUACGACUAUGGGGCCCUGGAGCCUCACAUUAACGCCCGGAUCAUGGAGCUGCACCACAGCAAGCACCAUGCAACCUAUGUGAACAACCUGAACGCCACCGAGGAGAAGUACCAGGAGGCGCUGGCCAAGGGAGACGUUACGACUCAGGUAGCACUUCAGCCUGCCCUGAAGUUCAAUGGUGGAGGUCAUAUCAAUCACAGCAUUUUCUGGACGAACCUGAGCCCUAAUGGUGGUGGAGAACCCAAAGGGGAAUUACUGGAAGCCAUCAAACGUGACUUUGGUUCCUUUGAGAAGUUUAAGGAGAAGCUGACAGCUGUAUCCGUUGGUGUCCAGGGCUCUGGCUGGGGCUGGCUUGGUUUCAAUAAGGAGCAGGGGCGCUUACAGAUUGCUGCCUGUGCUAACCAGGAUCCACUGCAAGGAACAACAGGUCUUAUUCCACUGCUGGGGAUUGACGUAUGGGAACAUGCUUAUUACCUUCAGUAUAAAAAUGUUCAACCUGAUUAUCUAAAAGCUAUUUGGAAUGUAAUCAACUGGGAGAAUGUUGCUGAAAGAUACAUGGCUUGUAAAAAGUAAAUGAUUACCAUUAUCAGGACACUGAAUGUUAAGUUCUUUAUGACUCUAUUAUGACUAUUUUUGUAAUAGCCUAGAGUGCUGCAAUGUACUAGUAAGCUGCUAUAACAUUAAUUGAUGUUGCUUACUCACAUGUUUGAUAAUUUAAUGUUAUGAAUAAUUUCUUUCAAAUUUUGUUGUUAUGCAACUUCGUGUAAUUUAGUGUUCAUUAGACAUU